CUCUCUCUCUCUCUCUCUCUCUCGUGUCUCUCCCUUAAUCCCAUUUGCCAUUGUACAUGCCCAAUCGCCUAUACUUUCCGCAUUUAACUUGGAUGACAUUUUUAUUUCAUCAUUAGCAUCAGACACCAGGACCGACUGACACGUGGACACGGACUCCGGGAUGAAAUAUCUCAGUGUUUACAGUUUGUUUCCUCACACAUUUUGUUUGAUCACUUUUUUAGCCUGAAGAAAAAAAAUAAUCCGCGACGUAAAAUCGACUUACCGCUUUCAGAACAGCCAUCAGAAGUGCGCAAGUUUUUUUUUUGUUUGUUUGUUUUUGAACUUCCGUGGCGUUGUGAGUUCAGAGCACAGCCAUGCCAGAGACGCAAGAGACGUGCGCUUCGGCCAAGGACUCUCCUUUCUUUAUUAAAAACCUGCUGAACUGUGACAGCAAACCGUCCAAACCCAAACCCGUUCUAGCCGCGACCAAAGCGGCCCUGGACGGAGGAUUUUCUCUUUCCCAGGUCGGAGAUUUCUGCUUUCCCCGCUUCGACCUACCGGCGCAGAGGUUCAGUCUCCCGGCUCAUUAUUUGGAGCGCACCUCGGCGUGGUGGUACCCAUACGCCCUCAGCUCAUCCGCCCACCUCCACAGAACCGAAGUCGUUGAGAAAACAGAAGCCAGAGAAUCCUCUCCGACCUCGGGCACGGACAGAGAUUCGCCGGACCUGGUGUUCAAAUCCGAGCCAGACACUAAAGAGGACGACGAGGAGGACGACAACAACAACAACAAAAGCGGCGAUGAGAUCAUCCUGGAGGAGAGCGACGCGGAGGAAGCGAAAAAAGACGAGGCGGAGGAGUGGAGGAAGAGGGACGACGACAAGAAGCCGUGCCGCAAGAAGAAAACGCGCACGGUUUUCUCCCGGAGCCAGGUGUUCCAGCUGGAGUCCACCUUCGACAUGAAGCGCUACCUGAGCAGCUCGGAGCGGGCCGGCCUGGCCGCCUCCCUCCAUCUGACCGAGACGCAGGUCAAGAUCUGGUUCCAGAACCGGAGAAACAAGUGGAAGAGGCAGCUGGCCGCCGAGCUGGAGGCCGCCAACCUGAGCCACGCCGAGGCGCAGAGGAUAGUCCGGGUCCCCAUCCUCUACCACGAGAACACGGCCUCGGAGAGCGGGGGCGCGGCUGCCAACGUGCCCGUGAGCCAGCCGCUCCUUACCUUCCCGCACCCCGGCGUCUAUUACUCCCAUCCCAUCGUCACGUCGGUGCCGCUGCUCAGACCGGUUUGAGAGAGAAAAACAAAACAACUCAGUUUUUCUGUGCAAAAUAGUCAAACUCACGAGAAAAUCAAAUAAAAACUUCAUAUUUUUAUACAACUGAAAAAAAGCCACUGUUAUGCCCAUGUGGACUUGUUUUGGCAAAUAUAUUUUGUUUAAUUCCACGAGG